AUGUCAGCUAGAAAAGGUAAAGAGUUACUCCCUAAUUGCGUUUCAACAGGUGAGCAGGUCUUUGAUCCAAGCAUCUACAUCGACCUCUGGUUAUUCAUACAGCAUUCACUGUACUUCACUGUAAAUAUAACCAUCCAAUAUAUCGAGCUCUGGAAGCCUGGAGAGUUGGUGCGGCCCAUACAGGUCCCUGAAACUCUGCGCACAGAAGAUUUCUAUCUCGCCGACUUCAGUCUGGCCAUGAAGGUUGGCGAUCCCGUGGCUCAACCCGGCGAUCCACCUCUGUGUUUCUGCUCCCCGGAGCGUCUCCAUGGAGAAGCCCCAAGCUUUGCCUGCGACAUGUGGAGCUACAUGGUCAACUUUGUUGAACUUUACCAAGGGGGACAACCAUUCCAUGAUGGGUACAUAGGCGGAGUAUUGACGACUAUUACCGCCCGUCUGGGCCCGCUACCAGAGCGAUGGAAAGGAUCGUACAUAUAUGAUGAUUGCCUGGAUUCCUGGUACGACCAAAAUCGAACGCCUGAUACGAAUAACACCCUCGCAUCAGAGCUUGCGCGCUAUCGACUCGAUGCCGACCCGGCUGAACGAGAACUUGUGCUCUCCAUCAUGCAGAAGGUAUUCCUAUACUCGCCCGAGGAGCGUCUGACUGCGACGCAGCUUCUGGUCGAUCCUUUCUUCAAAGCUCUCAUGACCCGGUAUGGUUGUUGA